AACAGUAGUAAAAAUUUAUCGAAGUUGACUUUAUUAUUCGAACGUCUGCAAACGAUCUCAACCAAAACUUUCCAAUGGCGGCUUCUUCCUCCUCCUCUUCCGAAAUACUUCCCAAGUCGUGGCAAGUGUUCAUCAAUUUCAGGGGAGCAGAAUUGCGCAAUAGUUUCAUUAGCCAUCUGGAGGGAGCCUUAGCGCUAGCCGGGAUCAAAUACUAUAUCGACACGAAAGAGGUCCCGAGCGAAGAUCUUAGUGUCCUUUUCGAGAGGAUCGAGCAAUCUGAAAUUGCACUGUCCAUCUUCUCGAGCAAGUACGCUGAAUCAAACUGGUGUUUGGACGAGCUGGUGAAAAUCAUGGAACAAGUCAAGAAAGAAAAACUCCGAAUCAUCCCAGUCUUCUUUAACGUGAAGCCUGAGGAGGUUAGAGAGCAGAAAGGAGAGUUCGGACUUAAGCUAUACGGAGAAGGUAAAAGGAAACGACCCAAUAUACCUAAUUGGGAAAACGCUCUGCAGUCUGUUCCAAGCAAGAUAGGCUUGAAUUUGUCGAAUUAUAGGAACGAGAGGGAGCUCGUUGAAAAGAUAGUUGACUCGAUCAAAAGAGUGCUUGCCCUAAUUCCACUGGGAAGCAGAGUAACAGAGUAUCUGAACGGGAUCUCAAAAGCCUCAGGGGCAAAGAAUGUAGACAGAUUUUCGCUAAGCUCCUAUGAGUUUCAAUGUUCCUCCCUUGAUAUAUCAGUCACCAACGAUGACAAUGGAAUCACUCCGUUUCAGUGCCCAGCCACGAUUGACGAGUUAUGCAAGGUAGGAGUAGAACAUCUCAAUGAGAUCUCUACUGUAAGUUCAACUGGUAAUAGUUCAUCUAGAAACAUCGAACAGCCGCCACCCCACUACGGAAUAGAACCACGCCUUAAGGAACUGGAAGAAAAGAUACAAUUUGAUUGCAUCGAAACUAAAAUUGUUGGAAUUGUUGGGAUGCCUGGAAUUGGUAAAACCACUCUUGCGGAAACAUUGUAUAGAAAGUGGAAACACAGGUUUAAGAGGAGCAAGUUUAUCCCAAAUGUCAGUAAGGAGAGUCAACGAGGAUUGCAAAAGAGAUUGUUGGUAGAGCUGUUGAUGGAUAUUCAUUACAAGACAGGAUAUUCAGAGAAUGAACAUGAGUUUUGUAAGGAUGCUCUUCUCCAAAAGAAAGUUUUUGUUGUUAUAGAUGAUGUUAGUAGCAAGGAACAGAUCAAAACUCUUUUUGGUCAAUGGGAUUGGAUCAAAAAAGGUAGCAAGAUUGUUAUUACAUCAAGUGAUGAGUCACUGCUCAAGGAACUGGUUGACGAUACUUAUGUAGUCCCGAGGUUGAACAGCACAGGAAGUUUACUGUGGUUUACCAAUCACGCCUUUGGUUUGGAUCAUGCCGAAGGAAAUUUCGUAAAGCUGUCCAGACACUUUCUGAAUUAUGCCAAAGGAAACCCACUAGUCCUCAGAGCUUUUGGUGUAGAACUUCGUGGGAAAGACAAGGCUUAUUGGGAACAGAGAAUUAAAACAUUGAAACUAAUUUCCAAUAAGAUGAUCCAAGAUGUCUUGAGAAGAAGGUAUGAUGAACUCACAGAGAGGCAGAAAGAUAUUUUUCUUGACAUUGCAUGUUUCUUCGAAUCAGAGAAUGCAAGUUAUGUAAGGUGCCUGGUAAAUUCAAGUAUUCCGGAUGAAAUAAGAGAUCUCCAAGACAAGUUUCUCGUCAAUAUUUCUUGUGGUCGAUUUGAGAUGCAUGAUAUAUUAUGCACAUUCGCCAAGGAACUUGCUUCACAAGCAUUGACUGAAGUCACAAGGGUUCAUCUCAGGCUGUGGAAAUAUCAAGAUAUCAUUUGGUUGCUCAACAAUAAAUUGGAAAUGGAAAAUGUGAGAGGUAUUUUCUUAGACAUGUCUGAAGUUCCGGAGGAAAUGAUAUUUGAUGCUAAAAUCUUUCGUAUGUGCAAUAUUCGAUAUCUCAAAAUAUACAAUUCUGUCUACCCUAAGGAAGGCGAAGGUAUCUUCAAAUUUGACAGAUUUAGGGAGUUCCAGUUACCAUUAAAUAAGGUAAGCUAUCUCCACUGGAUAAAAUAUCCAUUGGAUAAACUUCCAUCAGACUUCAACCCGGAGAAUCUUGUUAAUCUUGAACUGCCUUAUAGCUCCAUUAAGCAAGUUUGGGAGGGUGUUAAGGAAACCCCAAAACUAAAGUGGGCCAAUCUCAGCUAUUCAAGUAAGUUGACUAACCUUUUAGGGUUGUCAAAUGCUAAAAAUCUUGAAAGAUUGAAUCUUGAAGGUUGCACAAGUUUGCUUAAACUGCCCAAAGAGAUGGAGAACAUGGAAAGUCUUGUGUUUCUCAACAUGAGAGGUUGCAAGAGUCUCACAUUUCUUCAUAGGAUGAAUUUGAGCUCUCUAACAAUCCUCAUACUCAGUGACUGCUCAAAACUUGAGGAAUUUGAGGUGAUUUCGGAAAAUCUGGAAGCGUUAUAUUUAGAUGGAACUGCAAUAAAGGGACUUCCUCCAACCGUCCGGGAUCUGAAGAGACUUGCCAUAUUGAAUAUGAAAGGUUGUACAGAACUGGAGAGUCUUCCUGAAUGUCUUGGAAAACAAAAAGCUCUUGAAGAACUCAUACUCUCUAAUUGUUCAAAGCUUGAGAGUGUUCCAAAGGCUGUAAAAAACAUGAAAAAAUUACGGAUCUUAUUGCUUGAUGGCACAAGAAUCAAAGAUAUCCCGAAGAUAAACUCGCUAGAGCGUUUGUCCUUAAGUAGAAAUAUUGCAAUGAUCCAUCUGCAAGAUAGUCUCAGUGGGUUCUCUAACCUGAAAUGUGUUGUCAUGAAGAACUGCGAGAAUCUCAGAUAUCUUCCAUCGCUUCCACGAUCUCUUGAGUAUCUAAACGUAUAUGGUUGUGAAAGACUAGAAACAGUUGAGAAUCCACUGGUCUUUCGUGGGUUCUUUAAUGUAAUUCAGCUUGAGAAGAUCCGUUCCACUUUCUUGUUCACUAAUUGCAACAAUCUGUUUCAAGAUGCAAAGGAGUCAAUCUCAUCCUACGCAAAAUGGAAAUGCCACAGACUUGCACUUGACUGCUACCAAUUGGGCAUAGUUUCAGGAGCUUUUUUCAACACUUGCUAUCCUGGAUUUAUAGUCCCUUCGUGGUUCCACUACCAAGCAGUUGGAUCAGUCUUUGAGCCAAGGCUGAAAUCACAUUGGUGUAACAAUAUGCUUUACGGGAUAGCUCUAUGUGCAGUUGUCUCAUUCCAUGAGAACCAAGAUCCGAUCAUCGACAGUUUCUCAGUAAAAUGCACACUGCAGUUUGAAAACGAAGACGGGUCUCGUAUCCGAUUUGAUUGUGAUAUCGGAAGUUUGACAAAACCAGGAAGAAUUGGGGCAGACCAUGUUUUUAUCGGCUAUGUCCCUUGCUCACGUUUGAAAGAUUACUACUCUAUACCUAUUUAUCACCCUACAUAUGUAAAAGUGGAGUUCUACUUGCCUGAUGGCUGUAAAAGUGAAGUGGUGGAUUGUGGGUUCCGUUUGAUGUACGCCAAACCAGGUAAGUAUUAAGUAGAUAACGUCUCUGUUGAAGGGAAUGGCCAUGAAAUCUUUCCGCAAAAGGUCCUGCUUUAAUAUAAUAUAGAUUAUAGUUCUAUCAUAAUUUUGUCAGUUUGCACUGUAACCAUUUGUUUUGCUUUUAAACGAAAAAGAUAAGGAUUUCAAACUGGUUUGUCUUUUAUAAGUGAUAAAAACAGUCACUAAGAAGAUCCUCUUUGAUUCAUUUUAUUUUCUUCUACAUUGGGAUCUUCAUACGAAUUGGACAUUGGUACAACACGAUCGAGCUGCAGAAUAUCUGUAGC